AUGUUGAAUGCUAAUGGGCAACCAUUUGACGUCAAUUUCCAUGCUAUAUUGAAGCAAGUGCAAGAUUUUGAUGAUCGCAAUAUUGUAUACAAGGAGGUACCGCAAUUACUCAAUGCAGUUCGCAUUAUUCGGGUUAUGGCUAUCAUCAUGGGAAAAGAGGCAUAUCCAGAGGAAGUUUGGGCCAAUCUUAUGGCGAGAAGUGAUGCACUACACAAAAAUGAAGUAAAAGUUGAUAGAAUACAGAUUUAUGAUUUCAUGAGAGCCAUCUACGGAGGUAACGGAGAGAAUGCUGAUCAUCUCUUGACAUCUGUUCAAAAUUUUGUGUAA